CAAACAAAGGUACUGUGUCCAUCUACAACUAAAAAAAAAUAAAAGCUUAAGCCAUCGUAGGCAAUCUACUGAGACCCUAUCUCAAAAAAUAAUAAGGGCUAAGGGGUAUAAUUCAGGUACAGUGAGUGUCCCUGGAUUCAAUCCCUGGCACUACACACACAAAAAGGGGGGGGGGAAUAUUACUUACAAAUGAUUAAACACUCCCUAUAGAAGGUAGUCAUAAAUUUGUCAAGGGUUGCCUCUACCUGGGGUUUAUACUCUUACUCCCCAGAUACCCUCAGAUAAAAGUCCCAGGCCCCCCCCCUUUUUUUAGGUGUUUUAUUGUUUGGUUUUUGGGGUUUUUUUGUUUGUUUGUUUUUGUUUUUGUUUUGCUUUGGUACUGUGGAUGAUUUAACCCCGUAUUUAACCACCGGGCUAUAACCACAGCCCUUUUUCAAAUUUUGAGGCAGUCUCAUUAAGUAAGUUGCUUAGGGCCUUGUUAAGUUGCUGAGAGGCUGGCGUUGAACUUGGAAUCCUACUGCCUCAGCCUUCUGAGUUGUGUGUAUGUUCCUGUGAGCCACUAUACUGGCUCCAGCUCUUUUUCAGUAACUCUUAUAGUUCCUUCACCCUGAGGACAAGAUUUUAGAGGAAUAGGGAGAAAGAAGUCUCUGGGAGCAGUGGAAAAGAACAAAGAGUACUACAUAUUCCUCAUUCCCUUACAGGACAGUACAUGCCCCUGACCACCACAGAUGAGAAAUCAGUCUAAUGUGGCUGAUAAGAGAGCUCUGAGAAUCCAAAUUAUCCUUUCCUCACCAGUUCCCAGGCCUUUCCUAGACUAAGGGCUUGAAGUGAGAUCAAUGUUUGAGGGUAUAUAAACACGUGGCCAUGGGAAGACAAUGGCUGAGAGUAUAUGUCUACUUAGGUAGCCUAGGGAAGGUAGAAUUGGGAACCUGUUGGGACCUUUGGAAAAUUGUUUUUUAAUUCAUCUUGACUUCACCUUCAGACAUCUAAAAUCCCCUCAAACAAGGCUGGACAUGGUGAUUCAUGCCUAUAAUUUGGGAGGCUGAGACAGAAGGACUGCAAAUUUGAGGUUAGAUUGGACAACUUAGUGAGACCCUAUCUCAAAAGAAAAAAAAAAAGAUUGGGGAUGUAGCUUAGAUGAUAAAGUGCCACUGGUUUCAAUCUUCAGUACCCACCCACGCCACCAAAUACAAUCUCUUCAAGUAUGUGGCAUGAAGAGAAACUGCCCCUUCCUGACUAGCGGGUACUGACCUACUCACCAUAAGAAUCAGGGAAGGACAACCCUGGGGGAUGGGAGGAGUUAGGGUCCAGCCCUGCCCCAGACCUCCUCUCGUGUCCAAUUUCUCUGUGUCAGCUGUGCUGUUCAGCUGUCCAUUUUCCUUCAGCCCUGUCAUCUCACACUGACACCAAGACAAGAGGCUAGCGGCCUACAAAAUACCGUCUGGGUGGCUGGUGUGAGUACGGAGGGUAUUGGGGGGGCUUAGCCCCCAAGGAAGAGGACCAGUCCUUCCCCAGCACCACCUCAGGCCUCAGGGUCUCCCUCUUCCCUCCAGAGACCUUGGACUGGUUUAGGGAAUCCCAAACGAUGACAGAAAAGGAGGUGCUGGAGUCCCCUAAGCCCUCCUUCCCAACAGAGACUCCGCAAAGUGGGCUACAGCGGCUGAAGCAGUUAUUCAGGAAGGGGUCUCCAGGGACAAAGGAGAUGGAGCUUCCCCCAGAGCCCCAGGUCAAUGGGGAGGCAGUAGGAGCUGGGGGUGGGCCCAUCUACUACAUCUAUGAGGAAGAGGAGGAGGAAGAAGAAGAGGAGGAGCCACCCCCAGAACCUCCUAAGCUUAUCAAUGACAAGCCCCACAAAUUCAAAGAUCACUUCUUCAAGAAGCCAAAGUUCUGUGAUGUCUGUGCCCGGAUGAUUGUGCUCAAUAACAAAUUUGGGCUCCGCUGUAAGAACUGCAAAACCAACAUCCAUGAACAUUGUCAAUCCUAUGUGGAGAUGCAGAGAUGCUUCGGCAAGAUCCCACCUGGUUUCCGUCGGGCCUAUAGCUCCCCACUCUACAGCAACCAGCAGUAUGCUUGUGUCAAAGAUCUCUCUGCUGCCAAUCGCAAUGAUCCUGUGUUUGAAACUCUGCGCACUGGGGUAAUCAUGGCAAACAAGGAACGGAAGAAGGGCCAGGCAGAUAAAAAAAAUCCUCUAGCAGCCAUGAUGGAGGAAGAGCCAGAGUCUGCCAGGCCAGAAGAAGGCAAACCCCAGGAUGGUAACCCUGAAGGGAACAAGAAGGCUGAGAAAACACCUGAUGACAAACACAAGCAGCCUGGCUUCCAGCAGUCUCAUUACUUUGUGGCUCUCUAUCGGUUCAAAGCCCUGGAAAAGGACGAUCUGGAUUUUCCGCCCGGAGAGAAGAUCACAGUCAUUGAUGACUCCAAUGAGGAGUGGUGGCGAGGGAAAAUCGGGGAGAAGGUUGGAUUUUUCCCUCCAAACUUCAUCAUUCGAGUUCGGGCUGGAGAACGCGUGCACCGUGUAACAAGAUCUUUCGUGGGGAACCGCGAGAUAGGGCAGAUCACUCUCAAGAAGGACCAGAUCGUGGUGCAGAAAGGAGACGAAGCCGGCGGCUAUGUCAAGGUCUACACCGGUCGCAAGGUGGGGCUGUUUCCCACCGACUUCCUAGAGGAGAUUUAGGCGUGAGGGCGCCUGCAGUCGGGAGACACCCAUCCCCAUUCUGGGCGGGCCCAGUGGAGGUUGGGGAGAAAAGAGACAAAAGCAACUGGACUACUGGGGGCGUGGGGUUUAGGAAGGCUCUGGGAAGGGACUGGUUCCUGCCUCCCUCCCCACCCCUGGCCUAGGGCCUCGGAUACCUGGUACUCGAGCAGCCCGCAACUUCUCCGCCCAUCUUGAGAGAGAAGACAUCUCCACUAAGGAGGCGUCCGGGGGUAUUGCGGGUACGAACUUAUUUGAAUGCUGCAAAUUUAUUAAAGUUUUGACAAGCCGAGCACUGUAAUGUGCGCUUGUAAUCCCAACAAAUCGCGAGGCUGAGGCAGAAGGAUCCUAAAUUCGAGCGCAGCCUCAGCAAUUUUGUGAGACCCUGUCUCAAAAAACAAACAAUAAUAAUAAUAUUUUAAAAACUGGGGAUGUAGCUCAUUGGUAAAAUGCUCGAGGGCUUAAUCCGCGGUACCAAAUAAAGUUUUGACAAAAGUUA